AUGAAACCGGCAGAUCGAACAACCAGUCGCGAUCAAAGUUCGGCCCAGGCUGGCAGCACGUAUAUUAACACACACGCAACACUGUUGAUUACGCCACCACCGACCCAUCGUUCCACACAUCUCAGACUGGGUUCCUCAAGUCGACGAAUCUGGCGUUUGACCAACAGUUCGAAGGAGACCUCAGGAACAAACAGUGCUGGUCGUGGACCGGUGGCGUUGCGGAUGGCUAUCCAGUUAUCAAUCGAAAACCCUUUCGGGGGGCCCAGCUACCAUGCCACCGAAAGGAGGGUUGGAAUACUUCCUGGUUGCCCAAACCUAGUCAGGGGAAGUCGAGAGACAGAGGUCGGGUUCGAACCACGGACCUUCCGGUCAGUAAAUUCGCGCUCCAACCACUUGAGCCCCAGUUAUGACCAAGAAAGGCCGGAUCCGUGUGGGAUUCUGUGGCCUAAAUGCGAUCUCAACGCAUCCUAA